AUGGCAAGAUUAGCGAGCCACGCUUCAGACAAAGCGGAAGGCUGUUCGGUAGGAAAUGGAGAAUCGUCAUGCGGUGCUGAUGAGGACGGUAACGUUAGAGAAGAGCUUCUCAAGCCGGCGGAGAUCCCAAGGCAGACGGAAAAUUUGACGGAAAGGGAGUCUACCAAGCAGGAAGAGAUAUCCGCGUUAGAAGGAGAAAGCUGUCGUCUUGACGAGUCGGGUGACGCGAAGAAGCAGGAUCCUGGGAGGGGAGACGACAGGCCGAAAGAAUCUACGAAGAAGAAGCGGCACUCCAACAAGACAGCGAAGCUUAAGCAGAGCAAGUUAGAUGCCCGCAGGGAGCAGUUCCUCGCACAGGCUGGGCCGUUAGAAGAAGCAGGGAAAGCAAAGGAGACAGGGGAUGAUCAGUCGAUUGGUGGCAGCAUACCCCGUACAGGAUGUAAUGGGCUUUUGGAACAGAGGAGAGGCAGAGAUGAGCAGUGUCGCGAAGAGGAGGAGCGGGAGCGAGACAGAGAGAACGGAGGAGCGGUGGUGGAAGGAGAAACGGCGGAGGAAGCCGAAGAGAAGCAAUGGUGGGAGGAUUCGGAUGAAGACGAGGGUGAUCCAGGGGAGGGUGGUGCAGGGGAGGGUGAAGUGGGGACGGGCGGUUUGAGGGAUGGAGAUGGUGUGGUGACGGGUGGGGAGAAAGAUAGGGCGGGGAGCGGCGGUAGCAGCACAGGGAAGGCCGUCUGUGAAGAUUCACUGAAGAGUCGUUGCGAGGAGGGCGAGCAGUUGGAGAAAGCACUGCACGUUCAGGAGGCUGGGCAGUUGAAGGAAGCUGCGAGAUCUGAGGAGGGGGAGGAGGGGGGUGUGGUUGUUGAAAUUUCAGUAGAAGCGAAAGUGGAAGCAACGUGUGAGAUUGCAGCAGCAGCAGCAGCAGCGGAGAGGGAGAGGGCAGUAGAGAAGGGGGAGAGUGCAGCAGUGGAGGGUUUAGGUGGGUUAGGUUCUGAAGCCAAAACAAUCAUUCCAGGCACAGCAGCAGUGGAGGUGGCAGCAACAGUGGUAUCAGUGAGUGAUGGGGCUGAGGAAGGGAGUAAGGGGUCGGUCAGUGGCAUUGGUUUCAAAGCAGCAGCUUCGCUAGUGCUGGCAGGUACUGGGACCGCUGACGGUGCUUUGGCUGAUGGUGGUGCUUCCGCUGCUGGUGGUGCUUCCGCUGCUGGUGGUGCUUCCACUGAUGGUGGUGCUGCGUGUGCUGAUACUGGGGUGAAAGGCGGGAAGAAGAAGGGGAAGAAGGGGAAGGAGGGGAAAGGGAGGAGGCAAACAGGGGAGACGGAGGAGAGGAGUAUGGGAACGAAACAGAGAAGUAAGGAGACUGCAAGAGGGCGAUUGGACGGGGACGGUAAGUGUGAAAGUUCUGAGAAGUCAUGUAGCAGCAGUGGGAGGAAAAGUACAGAUGUCGCUGCUGCUGAGUGUGGUAGCAUUGCUGAUUGUAGUAGCAAUGACAGGAGGGAGGGCGGCAUUAGCAGCGGGGGUAGUGGCAGAUGUGGGGGUGCUAGCAUGUUUGAGGCGUCUCAAAGCAGUUGCGAGUGUGGUGAUCGUGGUGAUGGCAGCGCUGGAAGGGGGACAGGAGGGAGGAAGGAAGGGGUGGAGCGGCAGGGGAGAGGGAAAGGGGAGAGGGAACGGAGUGAGAAGAACGAGAAGAAUGGGAAGAUUGCGAGGAGAAAGAAGAAUGGAUUGGUGAAUGGAGCACGAGGGAUCGGUGGCUGUGAUAUCAUCUCUGGGCGAGUUGUGGAGCUGUAUUUGAAGGGGAAGAACAAGAAGAGCAAGAGAGGGGAGGGGGAGGAAGGGGAGGAGGAGGAGGAGGGGGGGGAGGGGAAGGAGACGAAGGAGAGUGAAGAAUGUGCGAAAAAUGGGGAGGAGGGUGAGGACAGCGGCCAACAGAGAGUGCAGCAGGAGAGAACAGGUGGGUGUGCGAAGCGCCGUAUGAAUGGGAGCCAUGCACGUGGGGAGAAGAACAAGGACGGCCAGGAGAGUAUUGAGGAAGGCAAUAAAGAGGAUGAGAAUGAUCAGAAGCAGGGGCAGCAGGGGCAGGGGCAAGGGCAGGGGAAGAGAAUGGGCCAGGGCGAGGGCGAGGGGGAGCGGGCGGGGGAGGGGGAGGGGGAGGCCGGUGAGGACGAGGGGAGUGGUGAUGAGGAGGAUGACUGGGAAGCAGCAGCAGAUGCUAUCUGCUCAGAGGUACAAGAAAUCCUUGAAGAGAGUGAAGCUUCUGAAACUGGGUUGAUUGUGCAGGGCGCUGGGGGUUAUGCUCGGGGGUGGGUGGAGCGCCCAUACGGACUCAUCAGCACCUUCCUAUUCUGA